GGCUUGGUUCUGUGAGUCCUGGUCCACAUCCUAGCUCAGACUGCGACUGGAGAGAGCCGCUGGCAGGAGAUAUCUUAGGAGCAUCACUUCUGCUGAGCGUAUGUUGGACUCAAGUAUUCUACUGUAGCUACUAAAAACAACUACCACAGCAAAAAAAGAAAGGACAACAAAAUGGGACGUUCUGCAAUUCCAUUUUUUCUGGCAAUGCUGUCUUUUUGCGUGUGCGGAAGCGUCGAGGGCCUGGCCAUCAGCGAGGUGAACGGGCCUGGUCCCCAGGUGGCAGAACCGCAGAUUGCGAUGUUUUGUGGCCGUCAGCUCUUGCACAUGAACCCGCAGACGGGCCAGUGGGAGCCGGAUCCUCAAGGCCGCAAGGACUGCUUUAAAGAUCCGACAGAAAUUCUGUCUUAUUGUCAGGAGAUGUACCCAGCGCUACCCGUCUCCCAUGUGGAGGAGGCCAAAAGUCCCGUCAACAUCCCUUACUGGUGUAAGAAAGGCUGGAGCCACUGUCAGGCUCGCCCCUUCAUAGUGGUGCCCUAUCGCUGCCUAGAAGGUGAAUAUGUGAGCGAAGCCCUGCUGGUUCCAGACCGAUGUCGUUUCCUUCACCAGGAGCAGAUGGAUGCCUGUGAGAGUUAUGUGUACUGGCACAACAUUGCAAAGGAGGCGUGCACUGCAGACAAUCUGGAGCUCCACAGUUAUGGAAUGCUUUUGCCGUGUGGGGAAAAUUUCCGUGGCGUGGAAUACGUGUGCUGUCCUGGUAGAAGCAGUUCCAGCAGCAAAGCAGACUUGGAGGAGAGAGAGCUCCUUACUGGACACCAGAUUUCCCAGAAUGGCGGAACACUCAGUUCCCUCAUCAAGGUAACAGCACCCACUCCCAGUCCGUCCCCCGACUCGGAUUUGUACGAGACAGACAUGGAGGAUGAGGACGAUGAGGUGGUGGAGGAAGACGAUGAAGAGGAAGAAGAGGAUGAGGACGAGGUUGAUGAUGAGCCGGUGGAGGUGGAGGAUGAGGAGGAGCCGAUAGCUGUGAGAAACCCAGAGAAAUACGAAUACCCCAUCGACUCUGGUCCUUACCAGACCUCAGACUAUGUGGACUCGUCCUCUGAGAAAAACUACAAGCCAACAACAUCAGCACCUCUGAAAGGAGACGUGACUACCCCACGUCCCACAGAUGGCGUCGAUGUCUAUUUUGAGAGGCCAAUCGAUGACACCGAGCAUGCCAACUUCCUGCGAGCCAAAACGGACCUGGAGGAGAGGCGAAUGAAGCGCAUCAAUGAGAUCAUGAAGGAGUGGGCAGAGGCAGACAACGAGUCAAAGAAUCUGCCUAAAUCAGAACAACAAGCACUUAACGAGCACUUCCAGUCGGUGCUGCAGACGCUGGAGGAACAAGUGGCUGGCGAGAGGCAGAGACUGGUAGAGACUCACCUGGCCAGAGUGGAGUCCAUUCUCAACAACAGCCGCCGCCUGGCCCUGGAGAACUACCUGACCGCCGUACAGUCUGACGAGCCGCAGCCCGAGCGCGUGCUGCAGGCUCUGAAGCGAUACAUGGCUGCCGAGCAGAAGGACCGCAGACACACCCUCAGGCACUACCAGCACAUCGUGGCCGUCGACCCGCAGAAAGCUGAGCAAAUGAAAUUCCAGGUGUACACACACCUGCAUGUGAUCGAGGAGAGGAUGAACCAGAGUCUGGCGCUGCUCUACAAGGAUCCCAUCUUGGCUGAGGAGCUGCAUGAGGAUAUCCAGGAGCUGGUGCGUGCAGAGCGGGGAGACAUCAGCGAGCUCAUGACCACCUCCUUCUCGGAGACCCACACCACCGAGGAGCUUCUGCCUGCUGAGAGCGAGGAGGAGAAGGAUGAUGAAGAAGAAGAGGAACGAGAAUUCCAGAACCGGCCUUACCCUCCUCGCGUUGAACUGCAGUCCAAUAAAAAAGCAGAUGAAUACGACUACACCACUUCUGAGAGAGGCCCUACUUAUGAAUACGAGGAGAAGGUGAAGAUCAACACCUCUGUGGACCUCAAGCAGGUCGUCUACAAGCCUGACGAGAUAGAGAGAGAUGAACUGCAACCGGACGCCUUGGAGACGUUUAACCGCGGCGCCAUGGUGGGCUUGCUGGUGGUGGCGGUGGCCAUCGCCAUGGUGAUGGUGAUCAGCCUGUUGCUGGUGCGCAGGAAGCCGUACGGUACCAUCAGUCACGGCAUCGUGGAGCAGGUCGACCCCAUGCUGACCCCUGAAGAACGACAGCUCACCAAAAUGCAAAACCACGGCUACGAAAACCCUACUUACAAAUUCUUCGAGCAGAUGAACUGAAGUGGGUUGCGUCCCGUCGUCACGGCGAUGGUGCGCCAUCUCCAGCCGCCUGUGAUGGAUCUACAACAUUGAGAAAAUAUCAAUUAUUUGGAUAAGCUCGCUCUUUUUUUUUUUUUCCCCCACCACAAAAUAUUGUGACCGGCAGUCGCCAUUAGCAAAAUGUGAAUAGUAGAUCAACAAUCCCAUCUUCAUUAGAUUAGAUCCUGCUGUAGCGUAGAAAAUACUCCCAUCCAAGCUGAAUUGUGCGUAAUGCUUUAUGAUGUUUAUUUCUACACUUAGAUAAUUGUAUGUAGACGGCCCGUUUGGCCUCAUUUGAACACCAAACGACUAAGAAUAAAAUACAACAUUUCACUCUACAAAAUGACAAAAAGAACUUACCCUUAAUAGCUGCUGUGAAAAAAUUGGUAAACACACCAGAUAUUCCAUCUGUCUUACAGUAUGGAAGGGAUUCAUAUGGCCCCAUCCCUGGGUGGAAGAGGGGAGGGUUAAUCACUUUGCAAUGCAGUCUGCUGAAAACGAUGGAAAGUACCAGUCUGUAUAGCAACCGACGCUCUGGUCAAAGGUGGAACUGCGCACAAAACACAUUUUAAGAUUAUUCAACUCUACUGCCAUCUGAUGCUGAAGUUUUGGCACGUUUCAUGUGUCUGUUAAAGCGCGACGAAUGGGGCCGAAUGAACCGCCUUCCUAGUGUAGUUCCGUUGAUUUGUACGGCUAGAAGCUGCAAGAAGCUACUUUUACAUUAAAGCAUGACGAGUCGCUUUAUGAAGCUGCUGGAAUUCUUUGCGUCGUUCCCGUCACGUCGACACUGUAAAUAACGUGGGAAGUACAUCCUCCUCGUCGUUGGUGUGUAACAGAGUUUAGCCCAUCCACCUCCUUUCGUAGUUCAUUGUGCUGUAACGAGAAGGAGAAACAUUUUCCUUACAUGGCUGAUUGAAAACGGACUGUUGUUAAAAAAAAUAAA